AACUGCGAGCAGGCCAAAACCCUGAAGAGAGUUUUUGUGAGCGAAAAAGAAAGCGGUAAAAGGCGAGUGAGUGUGUGAGUGAGCGAGAGUGUGCAAUGCCGGAGCUUCCGGAGGUAGAGGUGGCGAGAAGAGCGGUGGAGGAGAACUGUGUCGGCAAGAAGAUAACAAAAUGUGUGGUUGCCGAUGAUUCCAAAGUCAUCGAUGCUGUCUCUCCUUCGGACUUCGAAGCUUCCGUCCUCGGCAAGCUCAUCGUCGCCGCUCGUCGGAAGGGCAAGAACAUGUGGCUUCAACUCGAUUCCCCACCCUUUCCUUCAUUCCAAUUCGGCAUGGCUGGUGCUAUAUACAUUAAGGGGGUUGCAGUAACGAAGUAUAAAAGAUCUGCUGUAAAUGACGAGGAUGAGUGGCCUUCAAAAUAUUCAAAAUUUUUCAUUGAGUUAGAUGAUGGUUUGGAGUUGUCUUUCACUGACAAAAGGCGAUUUGCUAGAGUUCGCCUGCUCGAAGAACCGACAUCUGUGCCUCCCAUAUCCGAGCUCGGUCCCGAUGCACUUUUCGAACUUCUGAAUCCUGAGGAGUUUACUGAGUCUCUGCACAAGAAGAAAACUGAAAUCAAGGCUUUAUUACUUGAUCAAAGCUAUAUUUCAGGUAUUGGAAAUUGGGUUGCAGAUGAGGUGUUGUACCAAGCAAGAAUUCAUCCACGGCAGAUUGCUUCCAGCCUGUCUGAUGAUAGCUGCUCAACUUUGUAUAAGUGCAUUAAAGAGGUCAUUGAAAAAGCAGUUGAAGUUGGAGCAGAUAGUAGUCGGUAUCCCACCAGUUGGAUAUUUCAUUCACGUGAAAAGAAACCCGGCAAGGCUUUUGUUGAUGGGAAAAGCAUUGACUUCAUCACAGCUGGUGGCAGGACAACUGCUUACGUGCCAGAGUUGCAAAAGCUAAGUGGAUCAUUAAAUGUAAAAGAAACUGACAAGUCUAAAAGGCAAACCUCAAAGAAAACAAGUGUAGAUGGUGACAACAAUGAUGACAUUGAGAAACCAACAACUGGGGAAGAGGGGAAUUUUGGAAGUCCCAAAUCAAAGAAAGGGACAAAGGGUGGAGCUAAAGGUAGGAAGCCGCCCAAGCAGAUAAAGUCUGGGGAAAAUGAUGUAGACAAUGAUGGUGAUGCUGGUACUGAUUAUGAUAGUGAUCAAGUGAAAAAGAAGAAAGCAGGCCAGGUGACCAAUAGAAAACAAGUUGGGGGAGAGAAGCAAUCUAAGAAAAGAGUUCAAAGCAGUCAAAAUAGUAGGAAUGCUAGAAGGAAAGCUAAAUAGGGUCUAUUAGGCUUGCAUAGUUUUGUCAUCUGCUGUGUUCGUUGUAGAAUAACAGAAGGAUGAUUUAUUAUGUGCCUGCAACUUAGGUUUUUUGCUAUUUAAUGUGCCUCAAAUUAAUGCUGCUGUAUGAUGAUUUAAUUUCCACAUGUUAAGCAGAAAAAUGGAAGGAAAGAGUAGGAUGCCUUCAGUGUUAAUGUUAAUGCUAGCUUACCGUGCUCAAGGUAUUUAUGUUAUGCUCAAAAUGUAAUUUCUAAGACUUCCAUUAUUAGAUAGUUUCUCUGUGCAGGUCAAAAUGAUUUAACUUGUAAGGAUUUUGAUCAAAUGCCUGGAAGAUAUUUUGGUUUUUUGACU